AUGGCAAAGGACAAUCUCACAGUUGUGGAGGAAUUCAUUCUCCUGGGAUUUUCUGAUCUUCCCAACCUCCAAGGGUUUCUCUUUGGCAUUUUCUCUGUCAUCUACCUAUGUAUAUUGAUAGGAAAUGGACUCCUCAUUGUCAUAACCAAGAUUGAGCCAAGUCUCCAAACACCAAUGUAUUUUUUCUUGGGGAAUUUUUCCUUCUUGGAAAUCUGUUACACAUCAGUCACUAUACCCAGAAUGCUGGUAGAUCUUUGGACUCAUAAGAACACUAUUUCUUUCCUACACUGUGCUGUACAAACCUGUUUCCUCUAUAUUCUGGGAGUGGCAGAGUGCUUGCUCCUGGCAGUAAUGGCAUAUGAUCGUUAUGUGGCCAUCUGUAAGCCUCUCUACUAUCCUCUCAUCAUGAACCGUAGGGUAUGUAUGCAAUUGGUUGUGAUGUCCUGGAUUAUUGGAGUUCCAGUACUGAUAGAGGAGACAUACCUGAUUUUCUGUCUCAAUUUUUGUGGUCCUAAAAUCCUCAAUCAUGUUUUCUGUGAGGCUCCACCAUUACUGGAGUUGGCUUGUGGGGACACAUAUAAGACAGAGGUCUCUGUUCAAGUUGUUGCAUUGCUGUUUGUCAUAACUCCCUUUCUGUUGAUACUCACAUCCUAUGUCAAAAUAAUAAUUGCUAUCCUGAGAUUGCCUUCUACCUCAGGGAGAGCCAAGGCCUUUUCCACCUGCUCAUCACACCUCAUGAUAGUGUGUUUAUUUUAUGGGUCUGGUAGCAUUGUGUAUUUGAGGCCAAAAUCCCAUCACUCUACAGGAUCAGUCAAAGUGCUUGCUCUUUUCUAUACUACUGUGACCCCAGUAUUUAACCCCUUGAUAUAUAGCCUCAGAAAUAAGGAUGUCAUUGCUGCUUUGAGAAAACUUUUUCCUAAGUGA